GCCACAGAGCGCAUCCAAAACGUCAUUCGCGGUCAGCCAUCGAGUCAUUUUUUCUCCACAAUCGAACGAGCAGAAACAGCAAAAAAUCUUCCGAAAAGGCCAUUUUCAUUAACUACUUUCUCGAUAAUUCGCUCGGGACCGAAUUCGCGGACAUCAACGUCGCAAAGGACAGCUUGGAAAGAAGUUAUUUCCGGAUAUUGCAGAACAUGCGUCGAUAGUUUUAGCAGAAAUACUUCCGGAACUGGGAAGCUCGUGAUCUGUGUACGAGCACAGAAUCGGGAGGGUGUUUUUUUUCUUGCUCGCUGGUAGUGUCCCCGAAAACGCAAAUAAAGGGGAAAAGUUUGUUGCAUUUUUUUUCUCGCCCCUGUUCAGUGUGAGUGAUCUCGAAAGAAAGAAAAAAGUAUAAAAAGGAAGUGCACGAAUUACAUAAAGAAUAAGAAGGAUUUUCCUGGCUGAGUGGAACGGCGGAAAUUGCACAACUUUACUUUGGAAAGCAUAGCGUUCGCAGUGUUAGCUUCCCAUUACAAAGAACGGAAUACGGCUGCUGAAACGACCUACCGGAUAACGCCUUCAACCAGCUGAUAAUCUGAUAUCAAACUAGGAAAAUGUCAACCCCAGCCCGCCGCCGUUUGAUGAGAGAUUUCAAAAGACUACAGGAAGACCCGCCAACCGGAGUUUCGGGAGCCCCUACAGAUAACAACAUCAUGAUAUGGAACGCUGUCAUCUUCGGGCCGCAUGACACGCCGUUUGAAGAUGGUACAUUCAAGCUGACCAUAGAGUUCACCGAGGAAUACCCGAACAAACCUCCGACCGUACGUUUCGUAUCGAAAAUGUUUCAUCCGAACGUGUAUGCAGAUGGAGGCAUCUGUUUGGAUAUUCUACAGAAUAGAUGGAGUCCCACGUACGACGUGUCGGCUAUCCUGACAUCCAUACAGUCACUGCUCAGUGAUCCCAAUCCAAAUUCACCCGCUAAUUCUAUGGCAGCACAGCUUUACAAAGAAAACCGCCGGGAGUACGAGAAGCGAGUGAAAGCAUGUGUUGAGCAGAGUUUUAUCGACUAGCCCCUUUCGCCGUGUAACUGUCCAGUUCAUCAAAGUAAUAGACCUCAAAUCGCGGCACCUUUCCUUCCCAACAAUUUCCCAUCGCUGUCUAGUGGCUCUUUAAUUUUGUUAAAAGAAGUAUAUGGACAAAUAGCACCACAUAAUAUCGUAAAACGUAAUUGCAAAUCACUAUUCUCGCAACUUCUAAAUCCAUAAUCUUAUCUGAAUGUAGAUUGCUAAAGUGAGAAAAGGUAGUGUCAAACUAAGAAACUAAUCUACACCGGUGUAAUGAAGUUAUAGAUUGGUAUUGUGGAAAUAUGAGUGCAGGGAUAUGUUGAAACGCGUUAAACCAGUCACACAAAAAUUAAUCACCUAUGAAAUCCAAUACAAUAUUCGCAUCGUACUGUUCCAGAAUCAGCCUGAUGGCAUAUUUUCUCAUCGAUUGACAACCAAACUUAUUGCAAGCAAAUACAUAACUAGCGGCAAAGUCGGAAACUUGGUGAUUGCGAUUACAGCAGAUGAUAAUUAGGGAAACGAAUCCGUACACAUACUAACUGCUACCAGAAAAUAAUAUUGAUACUAUUAUAUGGUAAUCAACCUACUUUAGAAGCAAACAGUAAGUGGUCGACCACAUAGAUGGAAACUAUUCUUUUCAGUAAUCUAAGAAGAUUGUUUAGAUCCAUUAAACAUGUGAGAGUUAUGAAAAUCAAGCUUACCUUAUUUAAAAUAAAAUAAAAGGAAAAACAACAUUAAUUUAAAAACAUAUGCAACUUAAAUGUACUACGAAAAACUGAAAGAAAAAUAGAAAAAUAAAGUAUGUAAUCAAAUAA